CAAAUUCUCAUGCACUCUUUCAAGUAGUACUCCGUCUGCCCGCUCCGGAAGUGUUGGUAGCAUCAGUCAAAGACAUAGCCUAGGUGCUGAAUCUCCCGUUGACUAUGCAUCAUCCUUAUCGGGUACGAAUGCAUGUGGUUGGCUGAGCCCACUUCACAUGGCAGCACGGAGAGGAAACGACCGAAUUGCAUGGCUUUUACUCCAACAAGGUGUAGAUUGCAACGAGAGAGAUAGCGAUAAUCUAACCCCGAUAAUGCAUGGGGUCAUCGGCGGCCACGAAGAAGUUGUUCGGUCCCUCCUCCUGCAUGGCGCCAAUAUUGGCGAUGAUAGCGGGACACAACGCCCCUCAGCUCUUCAUCUAGCUGUGUUGCACCGUCGUGAGAAUAUACUGAGGGUUUUGUUGAACCAUUGUUCAGAAGAUAAGAGGUUGAUAGACGGUUAUGACGAUGAGGGCAGGACUCCCUUACACAUCGCAAUUUCAACCGACUUCGAGGCUGCUGUCUUGAUGCUAUUGCAAUAUGGCGCCGAUCCACAGACGAAGGCUCCUAAAACGCAGAAAACAGAAAUGGACCUUGAAGGCCUUCAAAGGAUAGAUGUGUACGGAGAAGACAUUGAAUGAACGUAUGGAAAAAGGAGAAAUGUGCUUGGGAGGUUGACGACGAUGAAGAAUGAAUGUGACAUUAGAUACUUACAAGUACCCUUAGCCCCUAUACCAAUGAGAAAGUCUGUAUUAUAUACAAAAGAAACAAAAGGCAAUUAGAAUACCAUAAAAGGGAGACAGGAUAGUAAUAUUCUUUUAUCAGACGUGCGCUUUCAAAACGCCAGACUCGCUACCCCUUAUGUUCCGUCAUUCUUGCCUGAGCCCUCUUCGUGUUUAGUACCCAAAUUAGGAAUAUUU